AUGACCGCCCUUCAGAUCGACGGCGGACGCGCACUUCUCGCACGAGCGCCCGUACGGCGAGAACGCAUUUGUCGACAUACUGCGUCGUCGGACUCGACGCUCGGAUAUUUGCACUUCUUCAACGUGGAGCGCGAGUUGAUGGACUGCCAGCUGGAUUUGCUCGAACUUGGUCCGCCUCCUGCGUUCAAGUUGCUCCGACUCCAGGGGACGUUCCUCUGGACAUCCGUGAAACCCGCACCGGACGUGGAUGAAUCAAGGUCUGAGAAGAGCGACCACAACUUUGGGCAGACUCGACUUACGCGUACAUCGCAGAUUUUAUCCGCGUUGUCAGCAUCUGUGGAAUUGUGGAUAUACUGGAACGCUCUUCACGGUUGCCACGCCGGACCAAUUUUAAAGCGUGGUCCGGCCGCAGGCCUCACAUUGGCUUGCAACCUGUCCCAGUACAAAUGCAGCUUCCCAGCACGCGAAACAUGCCCAGAGAAGACCACCGCGUGCGUACCGACAGAGCAGCCGACUCCGGUAAUGGAGAUGCUUCCGGCCGUAGGGACAUGUCUGGGGCAAGACAGGCGUAUGGUCCUUGCAUUCCGCACCCGCCGUGCAGACGGCGAAUAUCCGGCUGGGGCGACCCCAGCUAGACACCGGCAACUAACGCGUAUUGCACUACUCUUGAUCGUGGCGCGAUCGCGACGAGACAUGCUGGCGGCCGAAAGCUGGGAGCAACUUGAACACCGCCGCCAGUGUAUAGCAUGGCAUCAGUGGUAUAGCGACGUAGUACGACCGUUGCCACACGUAGGGAGGGUCAGAUAG